AUGACAAGGGAGUUCGUGAUUGAAGUCAGGUCGCCUGAGGUCGUUCUCAGAUCACUAUAUCUGCCUUCGUUCACGAGAGCGUAUGAAAGCUGGUUCAUGUCUACGAUACUUAGACUGGAAAAUCGAAAGAGACGCCGAGCGAGUGGUCUAAGUGAACUGGGGCUGAAUCGAUCGAAGCUCGGCUCCUACGACUUAGUGUACCGCGUUUAUCUCAAUGAAAGUCCAUCUACAACCUUCUUCGUUCUCGAUCAUGCCUGGUCUUCCGUCCCUCCAGCUGUCUGGGGUGAUGUGGUGAUAAUGUACCCAAGCAUGAGGGCGUGGUUGAGCCAGGGAAUCUGCCGUGGAGACGAUGAUGGCUUAUGGGACGCAGAUCUGUGGCAGCUCGGAGACUGGUUGGACCUCCAAUCCCCCGCGGACGAACCGGGCGAUGGCCGAACCAACGGUACUGUGGACGUAUACGUAACUUCAAUUCUUGCGCGCAUCAGCGGCUUGGUAGAUGAAGCGCCGGCUACCAUUAUCAGCACGAGGCAGUAUGUUACCUCCCAUGGGCUUGUGAUUGGGGCCUCGCAAAACCGCUUACCCAUUGGGUUAAUCUCGCCGGAGCAGCUAUUAGUUGAAAGACUCUCUUGCCUGCGGCCAAGUUCCGUGACCGGAUGA